GCACCUGGACGGCUUCGCGUGCGCUGCUUGGGCGCUCGCGACGUCCAUCCCUUCCAGGUGCAGAUCUUCGGGCAAGGUGCCACUUACGAUCCUUAUGCCGUGCUGUGCAUACGCCGGACUGUGGGAGACCGCUACCAAAAAAGUCGGAAACGCUGCACGCAUUCCGCGGGGAAGACACGGCACCCGUGCUGGCGCGAAGAGUUCUGGUUCACGCUUCCUACCUGCCCUUGGGAAGCAGAGUACGUUCUGGAAGCGACCAUCUACGGUGCUAGCCAGGGCAGGCGCCACGAUGAGUUCUUGGGAUAUGCAGAGCUACCCCUAUCCACUGUUCAAUCCGAAGCACGGCUGGUGGAGGAGUUGCCGCUCGGGCCGCCAGUUGGCUCCGCAGCAUCAGCCGAGUCCGAAGGGUCCUGGUUCACUAGCCAGUAUUUGGGGCUCUUUGUCAUGAGUCUUGGCACUGGAGAAAGCAAUGGUGGAAACAAUGGCACCCACGCAGCAGGACCAGGAGGGACGCAAGGCGAGCCAAGAAACGCAGAUGGAGGCCCACCCAACGACAGCAAAGCCUCGCAGGGCUAUCCCUCCACGGACACACCCGAGAAAGGGGAGAAGGAGUGUCAAAUCCUAGAAGUGCAUGUGGCACAUGCCCUCACCGGCGCCAGCCUGGGGUGCUAUCAGGUGUCCCCGACAGACUCGGUUCAGGACCUGAAAACACAAAUAGCGCAGAGGACGAAUGCGGAGCGCCCUUGGGCCGCAGAUUUCAAGCUGCUUUGCCAGACGGAUCUUUUACAAGAAGCGACGCUGUUGAAAGAUGCCCAACUUGCCGAACCGAUCGAGCUUCAAUACCUGGUUUCGACGAACACUCAAGCGCUAGAGAGGAACGACCUGGUACUGAUACCAGAAGUGAUUCAGAAGUGUUUGGAUCCCUGCACGGCUAAGGUGUACAAGCCGAAUGUUCGCUGGGCCUUAAAAGAUUUCAUAUUCCGUGCAUCAGAAGCCGAGCUGCUGGCAGAUUGGCACCGCGAGAAGCAAGGUGAUGUUUCGCUUCACGACUUGACGGAUCGCACAGGGCCCAGAGAGCCGUGGCUGCAGUUGAAAGAGGGACACCGGGGCGUAAGACGGGACAGGCACAGUGUCCUGAGCUGCGAGUUUCGGGAUGGCUGCCUCACCUUCAGCUAUUUUGCCUUUAAGCAUUCUUUCCAGCCUCCGAGCAUGGAGGAGGUUGCUCCGCGAGGCUGGCAUGCAGAAGGAUCACCCGGAGACAUGGCAGGUCGCGCUUCUGCACCCUUCCUGUCACCAAGAAGGCACUUGCACCCUGGCAUCUACAGCCCGGCAGCCACAACCCGCCAGCUCGCUUUGCCCUGCGCCAUCGCGGCACUACGCUUUGAAGGCCUCCAAGUCGACGAGGUUUUGGCUGCCGACCACUUAUAUGGCUUCGGCUUAGGAGUGGAGUUCGAUUUGCUCCUGGCGGUGAGAGCGAACGCAGCCGCGCCCGCAAGUAUUGUGGCAGUGUAUUUUCAUGUUCUUCAGCUCCCCUUCGAUGGCAAAGUCCACGCUUUUGACCAGAGCUUCUCGGAUCUCAUCCUGGGCAGAGCUGUUUUUGAGGACUUCCUGAACGCAGCGGCUUGCGAAAGCAUCGCGCAGGUCUUGGUAUUGUGGUAUGCAGAUCAAGCGAGAGCUUUGCGGUGGUACUUGAGUCCCGUCUCUUCUGCCUUCAAGGAUUUUCGGCUCCGAUUGGCUGAGGAAUGGCUGCAACCAAAUGGGGAUGAGAGACUUUGUCGCUUUAACGAGCUUUUGCGACGGGAUCUGGCAGCUCAGCUGCCAAUGGAACCAAUUCUCGUCGACCUUCCAAACAACACUUGUGCGAAUGCCUUGUGUCGGGCCGGCCGACAGUGCAUGAAGCAUUUCCAUCUCUUCCAAGUCCCCUACGUCGAAAUGUGCGAGCCAACUUGUACUAGAAAAGGCUGCCCAAAACACCACUGCAAAGGACCUGUAGGCCCAGCACCCUUCUGCUGCGUUCAGCUCUGGCAGCCCCGGGCCACGUCGGAUCCGUGGAUGACGCCAAAGGGGAAGAAGAAACUUGUGAACAAGAAGCCCAAGCAGCAGCAGGCACCCGAUGCAGUGCACACUGGCCUCGGUGCUGUCGGGCGCGUGCUCGAAAGCAUCAAGAUUGCUCAAACUUGGCGCAUCCGCAUCGAGCUGAUGUGGGAGGCUGCGUGCUCCAAGCAGACCGACACCUUCCUGCGCUUCGUUUGGCGAGGGAUGAACACGGUCAUGGGCCUCCGUUUUUGGAGCAUUGCAAUCCUCGCCAUAGCAGGACUGCUUCUUAUGGUGGCCCAGGGCUCGCGCUGGCUCUGUUCCGGCCACACCUUCGCGGACUGCCAUGAGCUGGAGGUUCCCGGUGCGCGGGUUGCCGCUGUUCUUGGCUCAAUGUCUGCCAUAGCUUCUGGCAUCACCAACUUCCUGGGCGUCGCUGGGUUCUUUGGCUCCUCGUGGAGAGAAGGUGCUCCGAUGGGCUUGUUGGACGACGUUCAGUCCAGCUACGUCGAUCAUCAGGAUGACCUUGCCCCGUCGGGAUGGCGGCAGCACUCUGCACCCACGCUUCAAUUGCAAGUUCAGCAAAAGCACCUCUUCGUGUGGGAUGUCUCCGUGAUGGCUGUAGACAUCUGCCCCGUGAAGAUUUCGCUGCCGUCCGUGCGCCUAUUGACCUGGUUCGGGCAGGGCGUGGCGCUGAUCAUGGCGCAACUGACCAUUCUGCUGGCGUGGCUGGAAGAUGCUGGACCCUCACGCUUCCUCGGCGAGGCAGUCUACCUGGCCUUCCUGGCCUUUGUCAUGCUGCUGACGUCCGCCAUUCUCUCUGGACGAGAGGCAUCCGUCUGCUUAUCCUCCACACACAAUAUCUCACAUAGUGAUGCACCCGCUUGCCACCACGUGCGGGAUGCCAGACAUGUGCCGACAGCACCCGUGCUCAACCCUGUUCCGCAGCUCCUCCAGUUCUUGUGGCUUCCGCACGCGCGCUCAACCUGA